AGAAGGCGUCUGGACGCAUCGCUACGCGGUCGUCCCCUGAGGCGCUUCACCGCGCGCCGUGUGUGUCUGUGCGUGUGCUGCCGUCGUAACACUUUCGCUGUUCGAGAUGCAUCGCUCGAGGAAGGGCAAGAAAAGCGACAAAAAGAAACGGAACAGGCAGCGUCGCGAAAAGAGCGUGGAAAGCGAGAAGACAGAUGAAGAGGUUCCAGAGGACCCGGACAAGGAGAACCUUCCGUACAACGUUGAAGUCUCUGACAUCAUGGGCAGGUACCUGGUGGCUUCACGCGACCUCCAGCCUGGAGACCUGGUGAUGAGGGAGAAGGCUCUCGUGGUCGGCCCCUGCCACGACUCGCCGCCACUCUGCCUCGGCUGCUACAAGAGGUUCGACGCCGAAAACCGCGGAGACUACAGGUGCCCCGGAUGCGCGUGGCCGCUGUGCGGGCCGCAGUGCGGCGGCCGCGGCCAGGAGCUGGGCCACAGCGCGGCAGAGUGCGCCGCCAUGUCGGCGCACGGCACGGCGCGCCGGCUGCCGGCGCCGCUGGCGUCGCCGGGCGCGCGCCUCUACUACGGCGCCGUCGCGGCGCUGCGCUGCCUGCUGCUCAAGGCGGCGGCGCCGGCGCGCUGGCGCACGCUGCUCACCAUGGAGGCGCACAACGAGCUGCGCAGGCGCAUCCCCAGCCUGUGGCGCCGCAACCAGGAGCUCGUCGUCGACACCAUCCGCUCGCUCUGGGGCAUGGACCACUUCUCCGAGGACGAGAUACACACCGUCUGCGGCAUACUAGAGGUGAACGCCUUCGAGAUCGGGCCCCAUGGGCAGAGCGCGCGCAGCCUGUUCCCGGCGGCGUUCCUCAUGUGCCACGACUGUGUGCCCAACACCAGCCACACGGACGACCAGCAAUGCGUCCUCACCGUCAGGGCGUCCACGCGCAUCCCGCAGGGGCGGCCCAUCACGCUCAGCUACGCCUACACCAUGCAGAGCACGCUGAAGCGGCGCGAGCACCUGCAGGAGUCCAAGUUCUUCGCGUGCACGUGCGCGCGCUGCGCCGACCCCACCGAGCUGGGCACGAUGGUGGGCGCACUCAAGUGCCCCCGAUGCGCCUGCGACGCCGGCGUCGUGCUCUCCGCGGCGCCGCUGGACCCGGACGCUCCCUGGCGCUGCACCAACGCCAAGUGCCCCGGGUACACCAUCGCCGCCGCCAACGUGCGCAUGCUCAUGGACAGGAUCGGCGAGGAGGUGGAGGCGAUCGACAGCAACGACGUGGAGGGGCUGGAGGGCUUCCUGUCGCGGUACCGCAACGUGCUGCACGACAACCACUACCACCGGCUGGGCGCCAAGCACUCGCUCAGCCAGCUGUACGGCAAGGCCGAGGGCUACACCAUCAACGUGCUGUCCGACGCGCAGCUCAAGCGCAAGCGCGACAUCUGCACCGACAUCCUCUCCGUCUUCGACGUCAUCGAGCCGGGCUACUCGAGACUGCGAGGUAUCGUGCUGUACGAGCUACAUGCACCCAUCAUGAUCCUGGCAACGCGGCGCUUCGAGGCUCGCACGAUCGGCAAGCGGGAGCUGGGCCGUGACCUCAAGAAGGUGGUACGCUGCCUGGAGGAAGCCAGCCUCAUCCUCGGCUUCGAGCCUGAGGGAUCCUCGGAAGCGCUGAUAGCCUCCGCCGCCAGAGACGCACUCGACCGCCUCAGGGACUGGCAGACCGUCAUCGGCAAGCUCAAUGCGUAGCUCUGUGGGCAGCAUUGAACACGAAGGCAAGGAAGUGAGCCACCACCACCACCAUGUUCUCAGGACAACUGGCUUGGCUCGAGAGAGCUGGAGAUGAUCGCUGUUUUAUAGUUCACACAGCUCUCGUUCUACCAAAGAUUUCCGCUGUUGAACAAAUACUUGGAUACAACCACAGGCUUAUAUUUUGCAGUCUGAAUAUGUGGCACUUUCAGUAUAACCAGAAAAUGAAACUGUCACCAAAAUGAGGUGGAACAUCAUUUUUUUUUACUAGCUGAGCCCUUAAGUCAUGUAUAUUAUAGAAAAACCUAAGAAAAAAUUUAGAAUGGCCCAUGUUAAAUGCCAUAAACACACACACACACACACACACACACACACACAUAUAUAUAUAUAUAUAUAUAU